CCGUUUUAUUAUGUCGAGCUCGCGAUGAGUUUCAGUUGCCGGUUACGGUUGCUUCUUAUAUCAUAUAAAGGCAACUCACUUUAGUUUUUAUCUUCAUAUGUAUUAGAUCACUUGCCAGAUCCAAUUGUACAUGAACAGUUUACGCGUCUGACAGGUUCAUGCAAUUAUUUUUGGAGGCUGCACAAACUUCUCCGUAAUCCGAAUUUUCUUUCUUCUUAAUUCAGUUGACGUUUACGUCGAUGAAUGUUAUCACGAUUGGUGAUAAGAGUUACGAUAGCGAUACCAAGUCUAAUUGUCAACGUGUAAGACAACUGCAAGUACUGUAAUUGUAUACAUAAAUAUAUAUACAAUACAUAGAUCAGUUAAGGCAAAACAAAACGACAAUGGCAAUUGCGAAGAUUAAGAGUUUUCUUGACAGUAGUCUAAAGAGUGUAACGACUCCGCUGGAUCGUACUACUACUUUAGAGCCUGAAAUAGGUAUCAGGAUUGUUCACUCACCGUAUGAUAAAACAUUGAGGGUUACUGUUCUUGGUGCAAGACAUUUGCCACAGAAUUUUGGAUUUACAAGAGUCAACAGUUAUGUUGUAAAGGUUAAAUUCUUCCCAGGCAAGGAAAAAUUUGAGACGACCUCGAAAAACGAAUCUUGGCCGCAGUGGAAUGAAGAGUUCACGUUUCACUUGAGAAAAGAAACUAAAAUAAAAUUUGGCAAGUCAAAAGUCACUGAAGAGUUUCUAGAUGGAUCUAAACUUAUAAUAGCGACGCUUUAUGCGAUUCUUGAAGACAAACCGCUGAUCGCGACUGAUAAGAAAGAAGCAGAGAAGGAAAAUUCAAAGGAAGGAAGUAAAGAUGGUAAGAAGGACGGAAAGAAGAAAGACGGAUCUACGACGUCUGGGUCUCAGGAGUCGAAAUCUAAUAAACUACUGGGUCAAUUAUUCAGUAAAAGUUCCGAUAAAGAAAAGGAAAAGGAGCUGGUUGUUGAAAAGAAAAGUAUUGACAAGAGACGAACUGUUGGAGCUACCACCAUUUCAUUAGAUGUUAAGAACUUUGUUACUAAACCACCCAAGGCUAAACAUUCGGAUGAUGUGUCUACUGGGGAUCUUUGGAAACCACUCAGACCUAUUGCCAGCGGAAUAUCUGGUGCUGAAGAUAGGCGAGAAAGUAAAAAAGGACAAGUAGAAAUGAUUCUAGUACAAGAAAAAAGUGAUAAAAAAGAUGUUAGUGAAGGUCGAUUGAUAUUAAGCUUAUCACGAUUGAGAUGUUCACUUCAAACAAUGCAUGAACAAGAGUCGCUUAAAGGCCAGUUGUAUAUAAAAAUGUCUGUUGUUGAUGGUGGCAGAGUGACUCAUUUUUGGAAAAGUGAUCGAUUUAAUCCAUGUGUAUCAAUGAAAUUUGCGCAGGAUCAAGCACAAGUUAUCGCUGAAAAUCCCUAUGAAGGUGCAUUGAAAGAUGUCAGUUUUGUUGUUAAAUUUGUCUCUAAAAAUAAAAUGGGUAAAAAAACGACAAUAGGACAUUUUGUUAUUGGUCCGGAUGUGGGUGGAACAUAUAGCGAACAAUGGAAGCAAGCUAUGGCUAAACCAGGAAAUGUUGUCACUAAAUGGCAAGUCUUUGAAUAAGUCCAUUGAGAGAGUCUGAAUAAAAAUUGUAAAUUUUUUUUAUUUUAAAUUAUACCUUUAUCAAAUGGA